CAUUCAUCAAACCAAGCAAUGGUUUUAUAGUUUUCUGAAAUUAUAGACCAUUAUUUGCUCUUGUUCUCUCCUUAAAUUUAAUCCACAAAUUUUUAAAAAAAAAUCUCGUUUUCAAUAUUUUUCAUCUAAAAAAACAAUUCUUGAAUCUUAUACUUGCAUACACCAUACUUCUUCAAGAAAUAUAAAUCUAUACAUAGUUUCGUGUUUCUUGAUCAUCGUUACUCGUUAUGGAGUCAACGAUGGAUCCGGCAGAGUUACGUCGGGUUUUUCAAAUGUUCGAUAGGAACGGAGACGGAAAGAUUACGAGGAAAGAACUAAGUGAUUCGCUACAAAACUUGGGUAUUUACAUACCCGACAAGGAUUUAGUUCAAAUGAUCGAAAAAAUAGACGUAAACGGAGACGGAUUCGUGGAUAUCGAAGAGUUUGGUGGAUUAUAUCAAACAAUAAUGGACGAGAGAGAUGAAGAAGAAGAUAUGAGAGAAGCGUUUAACGUUUUCGAUCAAAACGGAGAUGGAUUUAUCACCGUUGACGAAUUGAGAUCGGUUUUAUCAUCAUUGGGAUUGAAACAAGGAAGAACCGUAGAAGAUUGCAAAAGAAUGAUUAAAAAAGUUGAUGUUGAUGGAGAUGGUAUGGUUAAUUAUAUAGAGUUUAAACAGAUGAUGAAAGGUGGUGGAUUUGCUGCCCUAGGUUCAUCUUAACCAAAAUUCAAAUCAUUAACAUAUUUAUAGAGAGAGAUAAAGUUUUAAAUGCAUGGUCGAGGGUUGUAAUUUUCCGCGGUUAUUGAAUUAUAAGCUUUUUACGUUUCAAUUACCAUCGUUUUAGUUUUUAUAUUUUAAUAAUUUAGUUUUCAUUUUCUCAACAACGGAAUGUUACUCAGUAAAUUCAUGCAACUUAUUAUUUAUGUGGACGAAUUCCAUUGCCACAUAAACAAUUAUUUGCCGGAAUUAUGAUAGUACCUUUCUAUUUUGAGAAAAUGAAAGUUAGAUUAUCAAGAUGUGAAAAAUGAAACGAUGAUAAUCGAGAUGUAAAAAAUUUAUAUUUCAAUAGCCGUUAAAAUUUUUAACCCGCAUGGUUGAUAUAUAAUUUUUGAUAAAAAAAAAGUUAGAUGCAGAAGAUAAACCUCUCUUUGUAUCGUUUCAGUUCAAAAAAAAAAUGUAUGCACAUUGUAUCACCACUUGUGUAAGGGCUAAUUAAUGUUGAUAAAUUUAGUUAAAUCUCUCAAGGAAAAAAAUAGUUGUUAUAUGAUCAAA